AAGGUGGGAUUUAAAUACAAGAAAUGGCAGAUGAAAGACAAGAAUCAGGCAUGGAGCUUCCCGUCAAAUGCCGUUGCACCUGGUGAAAGCAUUGAAGAAAAUGCUAAAAAUGUCUUAAGCUCGGUUUUGGGAAUCUCCGAUCUGAUAUUAAGAAGUUUGCUUCAUAUCCGUCAUUGUGUCCGAGAUGCUGUCAUUGAGUUUGUGUAUCUUGCAACAACAGAAGACAACUCUCUGGUGAAAACAAAACUACCAAGUCCAGAAAACCAGGAAGUGAAUUGUCUGAGUGAUGAAAUAUGCUCCUGGUUUGCAUAUUCGGAUAAUCAAGGAAAGUAUUCUGCAGAAACAAAAGAGGUUCUCCAAAAGCUUGAACAAGAUAAUGAUGACCAAGGUGCUUCUGUUUCCUUCCUAAAUGAAGUCAACAACAGUUCCAGUCAUGAUGAAGUUGAUCAGGGAUGCGAAAAAGAAUCUCACAACAGUGGAAUGCACAGUCACAAUAUUAGCGGGUACUACAACAUUUUGUUUAAUGCUGCAAAAUUUGGAAAUUCAGAAAAGCAGUUUGUGGAGAGCUUGUUUAAAAAAUUCGCUGGUGCCAAGGGAAGCCAACUUGAUGUAACAUCAUUCAAAAAUGCAAUUGAUGGUUUAGAAACAGGGUUAUCUGAGACAUACAUUAUUGACCAUCUCUUUAGAGCAUUUGAUAAAGACGGAAAAGGUUAUGUGGAUCUCGCUGAUCUUUUGCACGGUUUGGCUGCCAUGGAUCCCAGAACAACUCACGGUGGAAUACCAGCUGAACUGCGUUGUAGAUAUAUCUUCAAAUACUACAAUAUAUCCCAAACUGGGUCUCUUAACCUGAAAGAAUUGAGAGAAAUUGUAAAAGACAUUCAAAAGAGUAAAGGUGAAGUAGCCACAAACGAAGAUCUGGAUGCAAAAGUUAAACGUGAAAUAAAGAUUUUUGGAGAAGACCUUUCAACUGAACUGCCUUUGAAGGAAUUUCUGGAUGGAGUUGGGCAUCUGAAGUUCCGUGGGACGUCGUUGUUAUUCCGUCUUCCCGCGCCGUUUUCCGACAUCGUCGCCAAGAAGACGAAGCACAGCUCCCACCACACAAAGCGAAGAAAGUUGUUGAAAAGAAAAGCUCAAGAGCUUGACGACGAUGAAAAUUCCGAAGACACAAUGGAUCUGGAUGAUUCACACGUUGUAAACAACAAACAAACGAGCUCUAAUUCAACCUCCUACGAGCUAGCGACACACGUUGUGAAGGUCCGUCGCAGUGGCACCCUCACCAACGUCAGUCAACUGUGGGACAUGACUGGUACAGGGGCUUUAGCAAAAUCAGUUCAGGAAUUGAUAACAACUGAUCGCUCUAGAUUCACUCGAAUGUCCUCUGUGAAUUCCUUCAACGAGAAAUCGAUGCCUAAUGAGAUGUUGUUUGGCCUUCGUUAUUUUGAGCGUCCCAUCAACAAUUCUCCGGGUGGAAAUUCUUCCAAAGAAGCUUUCAGUUGGGGUGAAGUGGACAUGAAUUCCUUCGCGAAAUGCAUUUUAUCCACGUGUCAUUCCCUGAGAGAGAUUGUGGCCAAUGAAUCUCGACUCCUUAGGAUUGACUCACCAACAUAUAUUCUUGGUGAUCUUCAUGGUAACUUCCAUGACUUGGUGUGUUUUGAAAAAGUUCUUUGGAGAAUGGGUCCGAUUCUGACGCCAUCAAGUUUUUUGUUCCUUGGAGAUUAUGUUGACCGCGGGGAACAUGGCAUCGAGGUCGUCGCUUAUCUUUUCGCGCAGAAACUGCUGGCCCCCACGAAAGUCUUCUUGAUUCGUGGUAACCACGAGAUACGAGAAACUCAGAAGCUGUUUACCUUUUACAAGGAAUGCAAGAAGAAAUUCGGCAAAGAACUUGGUGUGCAAGUAUGGGAAGCGAUAAACCUUGUUUUUGACUCGCUUCCUCUGGCUGCGUGUGUUGAUAACAAAAUAUUUUGUGUUCACGGGGGAAUUCCUUUGCCAACUCAUGGCGGGGGAAUGAUCGAUGAAAUCAAUAAACUACCUGUGGGUUUGAGACAGCCGAUGGACGAAGAGAUGGCCUGGGAACUACUCUGGAAUGACCCACUCAGAUCCGAAGAGUUGACUGAUGAAAUCAAAUCUGAGCUUCUCGAAAACCAUGGCUUUGUGAAGAACUCAAAACGAGGCACCGCAUAUCAGUUUAGUGUCGACGCUCUGGAUUCUUUCCUGGAAAGAAACAGUUUAACUCACGUGAUUCGGGCACAUGAAGUCCAGGAAGCUGGGUUUCAGGUCCAACAAAAUGGCAAACUUUUGACAGUAUUUUCCUCCUCUCAUUACUGUGGUGGAGCGAACGAAGCUGCGUGUAUUUUGGCUCAUCAGAACAAGCUCCGUACCAUUCGCCUGGAUACAUCGUGAAUCAGAGACGAAGAUCCAUGCCUUCCCAUUGUGGAACCAGGUACCAAUGAGAUCAAGGUCAAUGUUAUCACAUCAAUCAGAUGAGAUAACUAAAGACCACUACUAGUAUAUCGCCAAACUUGGCUAAUACAAGUCGACAUUACAUCAGAUCAUAGCUUCCGUGCGGGAUAUCGUUCCUGUCCUGCUUCAAGAACAAUUUCACCGUCUCUUUCUCGUUCUGAGAGCGUGGACUAGGAAAAUGUUUAACCAGCGCAAGAAUAGCACAAAGAGAUCGGCGAAUCGCAGUAAUAUAGGAGUAGAUUUGUCGACUGUCAAACUUUGCAUCGGCUAGUCAAAAAAAGCGUGAAAAUCCACGCUAUGUCUUGUAUACAAUCAUUUAUUUACGCCGCGCAUUCGCGUUAAAAGAUACGCAAAAAAGAGUGCAUAAUAGUAGAUCACUGAAUGUUUGAACCGACAUGAACUGUUAGACAAGAGUUACAAUUAGUUUAAAAAACUCGAGUGAGACAAAGCUAAGAUAGCGAGACAUAUCAUGAUAUUAAUCUAAAUAUCAGCUGUGAAUUCAUGCAAUUAACUGUGAUUGGACGCACAAAGAAUGCGAGACUUUUAUGUAAAUGAAGCCUUAGGGUGACAUUGAACAGAACAACCUUUAUUAAAAGAUAUGUAAAAAGAUAAGUAUCAAAAGAAAACUGUUUCUUACUUACGUCAUAUGGGCUUCCUUUUGAUUUUUGAGUGCUUAAUUUGCUGAUGAAAUUUUUAUUCCUUUUUCGUAUUAUUGUUCCUUAUUGGAAACUUCACAUUCGGUGAGAUGAAGUCAAGAAGGUCAAGAUGGAAAAAAGCAAAGACUUUGUUAGAUAUCGCAUCUUUACGAGUUGAAUUGCAUGACUUACGUCAACACCGCGUUUUGACGUAAUUCUCUUGUGGAAAACAUCGCAAAACAAAGCCCCAGCCAAAGCGGAAAGUAUAUAGAACAAAACAAACGCAAGAAGAUGUCAAUAGCAAGCAAAAUAUCGACAAAUACUACCAGAAUUAGGAGAAUGAAUUAUUUGAAAACUUGUGAGAACUAAUUAUGGGGAUGCUAAUUGAUAUGAAAGGAUUAUUAGGGAUUCGUUUCACUGUGUAGACAUUCGUAUGAGAGAGAAAUCAUUCAACGCUUUAUCGAAAGUUGUGGGGUUUUUCCCUUUCACAGCACGAAAUGUUUACAGAGAAAUCGAAAAUCACGCAUCGUUGCUCAGUUUCGAUAAACGUUAUCGGUUCUGUUGCUUCGUAACUUACAGUUGAGCUUUUAGCUGAAGUUGGGGGUAUACACACCCCCCUGUAGAUAGAAUACAAGAGCUUCGGUCCUGUCGCCUAUGAAUAUUCCUUCAUGGCAAUGAUUGCUAUAAGUGUCGAUAGAAAAACGCCGUUGGCUGUGGUCAAACAGAAUCAGUCAUGCUGAGCGUAAUCAUAUCACUGUUGUUUCAAUUGCAAAGCUCAUAACAAAGAGACGUAUAUAUUGUGGCGAUAAAACGCCAAAAAUGGACAUUUUUGUAGCACUCAGACAAUUUUUAAAAUCCCACGUUGCUGUUGACAGAUGCUCAAUGUAUCCAGCGCGCAUGUGCCAAGUUUUGAAGUAUUUCAUCUGGUCUCGUACGGUCCCGUAAAAUUUGCUGUAAUUUUAGCUGUGGGGGUAGGCUCGUUACGGUUCGUGCGAUGUUCACGAGGCAACUAAACUAAGUUGAUAACCAUGCAUUCGGGUAUAAAUUCGCAUACAAAGUAGCGGUUCCUACUUUCUAAGUCGUUUCCGCUUGCCUUUUCUGCGCAAAUGAUGGCGCCAAGAAAUGUAUCUUUUUUGUGUUUUGGUCACAAUGGAGUGAAUGGUAAUUUUCACGCGAUAUUUCCGUCAGUGAUGAAACAAACCACUUGAAUUCCGGCUUCAAUCAUUUUGGCAUACACUUCAAACGCGGCGGCAUAGUUCAGCUUUUGCGGGAGUCUGGUUUUUAAAAUGAGAGAAAAGCAAUAUAUGUAUACGAGAAUCACUAUAUACCUACCACCUCAUCUUUAGGGGUCACCUCGAGCAUUGUUCUUAAAAGCACACCAUGUUUAGUGAUUAUUAAUGUUCCGCUAUUGAAAUUUCAUCAUUUUCAUGACAAUGGUUCUAUAUUUAGGCAAGUUUACCAUGGGGAUUUUUAUUGCAUCACUGCUUGCCUGUGUUACAUUCGUUAGCAACAGAAAAAUACUGGUUAUAAUGUCGUAGGUUAGUUUUUUGACAUUGGAAGGAAAGUUACAUUUAUCAUAAAGAAUUAAUGUUCGUAUUUCCGCUUUUACAAUUUUGUAGCCUUUCCGAGUAUUUCCUUAAAAGUCAAUAUAUUCUUGUGUUUCCUAAUUCCUUUUACGCCUUGUGGUACUAAAAUGUCUUUGUUAUUAGACAAACGUGGUCUCUAAUUUCCGUGCAUGUUAGUUUGGGGAAUCGAUGAGAUCUAAAUAUGUAUGCGCGAACAAUGCUACUUUAGAAUAUCUUGCGUUGAAAACUAAUUUCUGUUGCGAUCGUUCAAAUUGCGAUUGCAUGUGGAAGUCGAAAGCCCACAUAUUAUGACAUUACAAUUAUAUUUCAUCUCUGAAGCAGCUGUUGGCGAAAAAUGAAUAUAAACAUCGGAAGAUAACAUCCAUUUAGAGCGCACUACUUAGGUUGGACGUUUAACUUAGAAUAUAUCCCGUUACAAACACAUGAAUAUAAUACAUUCUUGGAUUGGCAUGAAUUAGAGCUAAUAACUUCGCGAUUUGUUAUCGCUGAAACCAAAACUAACAGUGAAGUUCAAGGCCAUAAUUCAAUGUUGGCGAAUUGCCCCCAAUAUUAGCUCUAUUUUUGCCAUAUUAUUUUGUUAUGCCAAAAAUCCUUUCCGUAGUCAAGGACCCCCAUUGGUUCCCUCUAAAUCGGAACACAUUCUGAUUGGCUGAGAAAAGAAUGAUCACGUGUCAUAACAUGAAACAAUAAAGACGUCAACCAAAACAAACUCCAUCAAAUACGAAACGAGAAGUUCAUGGAGUGAAUAACUUCUUAUUUUGCGAUUGUUUCUUUUCAAAACUAUAAAUUACGUCAAGUAGUUAUAGUUGGGAGAAAUAUCUACUGUCAUACAAAGUCCUAAAGCGUUUGCAGCUUCUCCCAGCAUAACAUUUCAAAGAUACUCUGAAACAGUUUGCCGAAGGGAAAU